GCGUUCAGAGAGGAGGAGGUAUCAGCUGCCGGCAGGAGGACAGAGCCGAGGAGGAGCGGAAGAAGAGACAGCAGACCUCUGCGUUACCGGCAACCAUUCCUCCAAUUAAGAGCAGAAAACGGUUCUUUUGCAACAGAUUAUUUUGGUUUUCUCACCAAGGCUGACGGUGUCUAAACAUGUCACGGAUCUAACGUCUCCGGAGCAAAACAAGGAAUAAUAAGACUCCCCUGGUGGAUGUGGACACCUGAACUGUGGACAUGGAUAAGAUAGUGAAUUUAUCCCUUUCUGUUGUGCUGGUUUUAUGGGGAUGCGCUCAUGGAGGCUCGCCCAGUGUCCAGAUUGGGGGACUUUUUCCAAGGGGCGCGGAUCAAGAGUACAGCGCUUUUCGGAUAGGAAUGGUUCAGUUUGGCACCCAGGAAUUCAGAUUGACGCCUCACAUUGACAAUCUGGAAGUGGCGAACAGUUUUGCUGUAACCAACUGCUUCUGUUCACAGUUCUCAAGAGGAGUGUACGCCAUCUUCGGCUUCUACGACAAGAAGUCAGUGAACACCAUCACGUCCUUCUGCGGGACGCUCCACGUCUCCUUCAUCACGCCCAGCUUCCCUCUGGACGGGACUCAGCAGUUCAUCAUCCAGAUGAGACCCGAUAUCAAGGGGCCCCUCCUCAGCCUCAUCGAGUACUACAAGUGGGACAAGUUUGCCUACCUGUACGACAGUGAUCGCGGCCUGACGACGCUGCAGGUUGUUCUGGACAUGGCAGCAGAGAGGAAAUGGCAGGUGACAGCCAUCAAUGUGGGGAACUUAAAGGACGAGAGGAAGGACGAGGCCUACCGCUCGCUGUUCCAGGAUCUGGAGAACAAGAAGGAGAGGAGGGUGAUCCUGGACUGUGAGCAGGACAAAGUUAAAGACAUCAUGGAGCAGGUCAUCACAAUUGGCAGACAUGUCAAAGGCUACCACUACAUCAUAGCCAAUCUGGGUUUUAUUGAUGGGGAUCUAUCCAAAAUCCAAUAUGGCGGUGCCAACGUGUCAGGCUUUCAGAUAGUGGAUUUUGAUGAUCCUUUGGUGUCCAAGUUUGACCAGAGAUGGGAGGCCCUUGAAGAAAAGGAGUAUCCUGGAGCUGACAAUAAAAUAAGGUACACAUCAGCGCUGACCUAUGACGCGGUGCAGGUGAUGACGGAGGCCUUCCGCUAUCUGCACAAACAGCGCAUCGACUUUACCAGGAGGGCCAACACUGGGGACUGCCUGGCCAACCCUGCCGUUCCCUGGGCUCAGGGAGUGGAGAUUGAGAGAGCACUGAAACAGGUCCGUGUGGAAGGCCUGACAGGAAACAUCCAAUUUGAUCAACAUGGCAAGCGAGUCAACUACUCGGUGAAUAUCAUGGAGUUAAAGACUAAUGGUCCUGUGAAGAUUGGGUACUGGAAUGAAGUUGACAAAAUGGCUGUCACCAAAUCUGAUGUCUUUGCAAACGAGUCAACAGGAAUGGAAAACAAAACAGUUAUUGUCACCACCAUCUUGGAAGCUCCGUAUGUCAUGCUGAAGAAGAAUGCCGACCUUUUUGUUGACAAUGAGCGCUACGAGGGCUACUGUGUAGAUCUGGCUACGGAGAUAGCAAAGCACUGUGGCUUCAAAUACCAACUGAAAAUAGUGGGGGAUGGGAAAUAUGGAGCCAGAGACGCAGAGACCAAGAUCUGGAAUGGGAUGGUUGGAGAGUUAGUUUAUGGGAAAGCAGACAUUGCCGUGGCUCCGCUGACCAUCACUUUGGUUCGAGAGGAGGUGAUUGAUUUCUCCAAACCCUUCAUGUCUCUGGGAAUCUCCAUCAUGAUUAAGAAGCCUCAGAAAUCCAAACCAGGAGUCUUCUCUUUCCUGGACCCACUGGCCUACGAGAUCUGGAUGUGUAUUGUUUUCGCCUACAUCGGUGUCAGCGUGGUGCUGUUCCUUGUCAGCCGCUUCAGCCCGUACGAGUGGCACACUGAGGAGUACGAGGAUGGGCAGAUCCAGACCAAUGAGUCGACUAAUGAGUUUGGCAUAUUCAACAGCCUCUGGUUCUCCCUUGGUGCCUUCAUGCGUCAAGGCUGUGACAUCUCACCGAGAUCUCUGUCUGGGCGCAUCGUUGGCGGUGUCUGGUGGUUCUUCACUUUAAUCAUCAUUUCGUCCUACACUGCAAACCUGGCUGCUUUCCUGACUGUCGAGAGGAUGGUCUCUCCCAUUGAAAGCGCAGAGGACCUGGCCAAACAGACAGAGAUUGCCUAUGGGACACUGGACGCUGGCUCCACUAAAGAGUUUUUUAGACGCUCAAAGAUCGCCCUCUUCGACAAAAUGUGGACGUACAUGCGCAGUGCCGAGCCCUCUGUGUUUGUGAAAACCACAGGCGAGGGGGUCUCGAGGGUCCGCAAGUCCAAGGGCAAGUACGCCUACCUGCUCGAGUCCACAAUGAACGAGUACAUCGAGCAGCGAAAGCCCUGCGACACCAUGAAGGUGGGAGGCAACCUGGACUCCAAAGGCUACGGAAUCGCCACGCCGAAAGGAUCCUCAUUAAGAACGCCAGUAAACCUUGCAGUAUUGAAACUCAGUGAGCAAGGCGUCUUAGACAAGCUGAAAAACAAAUGGUGGUACGAUAAGGGUGAAUGUGGAGCCAAGGACUCUGGAAGUAAGGAGAAGACGAGCGCCCUCAGCCUGAGCAACGUGGCUGGGGUCUUCUACAUUCUGGUCGGAGGACUCGGCUUGGCCAUGCUGGUGGCCUUGAUUGAGUUCUGUUACAAGUCCCGAGCCGAGGCGAAACGAAUGAAGAUGACCUUUGGGGACGCCAUGAGGAAUAAAGCGAGACUUUCCGUCACUGGGAGUACUGGGGAGAAUGGUCGGGUGAUGACUCCAGAGUUUCCUAAAGCUGUCCACGCUGUCCCGUACCCGAGACCUGACAUGGGACUAAACGUCAGCCUGACAGAUCUGUCCUGAUCGAUGAGAAACUUCUGAGUGCCUUACAAUGGUUUCAUUAGAGUGAUCUUUUUCAUGAGCCCUGCCCUCCCUCCUUCUUUUCUGGCGUUUUUUUUCUGUCUCUGUCUGCUGAAAAGGGAAAGAUCGGAGAUGGAGGCUGCGUUUUGUCACACACAAAGACUUGUAUUGUUGCUCUCCGUCUCCAUUUCUCGCCGUCUUAAACGCCUCCUUCUCUGGAUGGAAUUACAUCUGGGAACAAAAGGGGAGGCUCUUUUUUCUAUACUGAUGACACCAUGCUUUUCCAAUCCAUCUGUCUGGACUGGACUGAGACCGAAACGAGGGCUUGAUUGACGGCAACGGCUGCUUCUGGGAGUUUCUGUCAUCUUAACUGUCUGUGUGUGUCUGUGUGGGUUUGUGUGUGUGUGUGUGUGUGUGAAGAGCUUGAAUGUGUGCGUGCAUAUCACAGAAAGAUGUCGUCAAAAAAACACACCGUUUUCUGUAGCCACCUCCGCCAAACAGAGUUUCAAGCACACUUGAUAUCAUCUGCAUUAAGAUGUGAAAUUGUCAUUUUUUUUCUAAGAAAAUAAGAAAAAAAAGUUCAUUGAAAAAAUAUUUUUAUGUAUUUUCACAAAAUAGCUUUUAAAUAAACUUGCUUACAUACCAGUGGGAUAUCAACAUCUUGAUGUGAUGAAGAGAGAAAAUACUCAACAGCUUCUAGUUCCAUAUUUUUAAAGCCAAAUACAUCGCAUAUGGGGUGAGAUGUUGAAAUCAUGUAAUUAAUUCCUAUUCUAAACUUUCCUGUAUAUUUUAUUCUUUAACAUUUUGGUGUUGAUAUGAAAUAUAUGUCAAUGCUUGACAUUUGGACUCAAACUUCUAUGUUUUCUUGUUAGCGUCGGUGCAGCGAUUUCUGCUUUCUUUUGUUCCUCUUUCUUUUGCUUUUCGGUGCAUUUGUUGUUUUUCUGACAAGGACCAGGGUUUGUUCUACUCUCAAGACGAAAUUAAUCUGUUUACACGCCAUGAAUGCAAAACAGAAAAAAAAAAAAAAGAAAAAAAAAAAGUGUGGUACGGUUUUAUUGCAUCACAUUUUGGAGUGAUGUGGAAAAGAGGCAUCGUCAUCCACAUGGUUUACAUGGUGGUACAAAAAUGCCAAAUAAGACAGAGUGCCAAAUCCUAGUGCCAGUAGAUAUAAAUAGAGUCUUAAUAUAAUCGAUCACUGUCAUCUCAGUGAAUGUAAAUGAUACAUUCUGUAACUUUUGUAACUAGAUGUACAGUUGGUGGCAAUGACAGUGCUAAUACAAUAGCCUUUUUUUCGCUUUGUUUUCCAGUCUCCAUGUAUUUCGCAUUGAUCUGACAAUGAAGUAGCACCAGUUGCAUGUUGUUGCCGCAGAUACUACACAACGUUUAUUUCAUUACUGCCGAACAUGCGUUUUCAUUUUAAUGUUGAAGUUGUGAGGUUAACUGUUUGAAAAUUGAAAAUACAAUGUUAGACAUAUAUAUAUACGAUAUAUACAUAUAUACAUAUAUUUUAUAUAAAAAGUUGAAAUAUGAAAAAUAAAAGCCCCUUUCAUGACUGAGUCAGAGCUACACUGGUUCCAUUGAAUUCUGAAUCUGGUCUUAUUUUUUUUUUUUAAGUCGUGCAGUCUGAGUCUACCAUAAGUUACUUCCAAGACUUAUGCAGACACGCACGGCUAAUUAUGGAACUCUUUUUACUUCACUUUAUUUACUGAAAUUGACCAAUUAAGGGGGCAAGGGGAGGUCACUGUACGAUUAUUAUCACUGUUGUUUUUGUACUCAAAAGAUAGAAACAUAUACCGUAGUUGCUUAUCAGUUUCAUCGCGUAUUCAGGCUAUUCUCACUGACAUUUUGUAUAUGGAAUGUGUGCUAACUUGUUUAUUUUUUGGGACUCUUUAUAAAUAAAAGUGGCUGAUCUCUU